CGUUUGCCGUACGUUAUUAUUAUUGGCUACGAACAUUUGUUUAGCGUUGGGCGUUGGGGACCCCCUUUUAAGUUUUAACAGCGGCCCCAAUACCAAUAGUUGUAGCACCUCCAGAAAGCCCGAGUGGUCUCAGUUUCAUUUCUUCCAAUACUCUAAAACAGAAAUUCCCAUAUUUAGAAAUAAAUAAACAACGCCAGCAGUUUCCAAGUCCCUCGUCUUUUGGAGCCGUACCAUUCAUUUCAUCCUCUCCGCCCGUUGCAGAUAUGGAUUGCUCUGUUGGCCAAGGCUUGUACCCAUUACACCGCUGCAAAACUAUUCACCUGGUAAGGCACGCUCAAGGAUUUCACAAUGUUGCUGGUGAAAAGGACCACAGUGCAUACUUGUCUCCAGAACUUUUUGAUGCCCAACUCACACCUCUGGGUUGGAAGCAGGUAGAUAAUCUUCGUAAGCAUGUUCAUUCAACUGGACUGUCCAAGAGGAUUGAAUUAGUCAUCUGCUCCCCUUUGUUAAGGACUAUGCAAACGGCAGUAGGAGUUUUUGGUGCAGGAAGUUACAAAGACGGAAUAGAUGUUCCUCCACUUAUGACUGAAAAUGCUGGGAAUAGUAGCCGACCAGCAAUUUCAAGUCUGAACUGCCCUCCAUUCAUAGCUGUGGAACUUUGUCGAGAACAUUUGGGAGUUCAUUGGUGUGAUAAAAGGAGAAGCGUAAGCGAGUAUACGACUCUUUUUCCUGCAAUUGAUUUUUCACUGAUUGAAAGUGAUGCUGAUGUAUUGUGGGAGGCUGAUGUCCGAGAACCAAAUGACAAAGUUGCAGCUAGGGGGAUGGAAUUCUUGAAAUGGUUGUGGACACGGAAGGAAAAGGAGAUCGCAAUUGUUACCCAUAGUGGCUUCUUGGUUCAUACACUAAGUGCAUAUGGAAAUGACUGUCAUCCAUCCGUUAAGAGUGAAAUAUGCACACCAUUUAGCAAUUGUGAACUUCGCUCCAUGGUUAUUGUUGACAGAAGCAUGAUUGGGUCAGAUUCUUCAACAACUAAUUAUCCAGGCAAAAUUCCAAGCGGAACUGAUGUUCCAAGUGAUGAUGCUAGUGAGGAGCAUCCUGCCGGGUCAGCCAAGUAGGAUUUGAUUCUUUGGAGUACUAUACUAAUUACUAUUAACGCUUAGUUCUAUCAGGGUCGUCAGAAAUCUCAGGUUUUAGAAAAUAUCAUACUUGGCAAGGACCUCCUGCUCCACGGAUUCAUUUUCUUACUAUCAUUUUGCUUUGAUGACUCACAUUUGAGUCAAAAGAUUGUUAGAGCCCAUUUUGUUGUGGCCAAAUCUUUGGCUUGUUGGGUUGACGAUUUAUGAAUACCCUAAAAUCAUUACCUGAUCCUUACCCCAAAGGAAAUAACCAUCUCUCUAGCAAGCAAUCUCUACAUUAUGGAAAAGGGUCACUCUUGACUUCGGCUACUCACUCAGUACUUUGCUCCAGGCAUGCUGGCUCUUGAUGUUUCUUAUUCUUCUUCACACCUCCGUUCCUUAGAGAGAAGAUCGGUGCAGCUUGUAACCCUUGCUGCAUGUUGCUUUCAGAUUUACAGGGAACAUAUUUAUCACAAACCAACUACUUUGUCAAAGUGAUUAUUUGUGCCUAUUCAACCGGCUA